UAUCGCGUAUGACCUAUGCAGUUCCUUAUCAGGGAGAUAUGAUGAAAACGUGGAUGCUGUAUAAAAAGAACCAGACUCUGCACAAGUUUUGCAGCCGUUAGCUCAAUCAGCUGAACCCUUCCAAGUAGCCAUGUUGAAGUGGGCCGUGGUUCUUUGCGCCAUGCUGGCGCUCUCCGAGUGCUUCAUCAGUGUUUCUCUGAUCAAGGGGAAGAGUGCUCGUGACAAUCUGGAGGAGAAGGGUCUUUGGGAGAAGUUCAGGAAGAUGUACCCUUAUAACCCAGCGGGCAGGUUCUCCCAGAGCUAUGCUGUUGGUUAUGAAUCCAUGACCAAUGAUGCUGAUCUUGCCUACUAUGGUGUGAUUUCCAUUGGCACUCCUCCCCAGUCCUUCCAGGUUAUCUUUGAUACUGGCUCUUCCAACCUUUGGGUUCCCUCCGUAUACUGCAGCAGUGCUGCCUGCAGCAACCAUGUGAGGUUUAAUCCUCAGGCAUCCAGCACUUUCCAAGCCACCAACCAGCCUCUUUCAAUCCAGUACGGCACCGGCAGCAUGACUGGUUUCCUCGGAUAUGACACUAUUGGGGUUGGCGGUAUUCAGGUUCCCCAUCAGAUCUUUGGAUUGAGCCAAUCCGAGGCACCCUUCAUGGCCCACAUGAAGGCCGAUGGUAUUUUGGGACUGGCCUACCCACAGUUGGCUGAAUCCAACGCCGAGCCUGUGUUUGACAACAUGGUCCAGCAGGGUCUUGUGCAAGAUUUCUUCUCUGUCUACCUGAGCAGCAACUCUCAAACUGGCAGUGAGGUUAUCUUCGGUGGAUACAACCCUAAACACUACACUGGUUCUCUGAUCUGGAUCCCUUUGUCAUCUGAGACAUACUGGCAGAUCUCUUUGGACAGCAUCACCAUUAAUGGACAGGUUGUUGCUUGCAAUGGUGGAUGCCAGGCUAUUGUGGACACUGGCACCUCUCUGAUCGCUGGUCCUUAUAAUGACAUCAACAGCAUGAACAGCUGGGUGGGAGCCACCGUCAACAAUGGAGAUGCUGUGGUGAACUGCAACAACAUCGGAAGCAUGCCUGUAUUGACCUUCAACAUCAACGGCAAUGCCUUUACCCUGCCUGCCUCAGCCUACGUCCGUCAGUCUUAUUACUAUGGCUGCCGCACCGGUUUCAGCCCCAGCAGCUCCAGCUUGUGGAUCCUGGGUGAUGUGUUCAUUAGGCAGUACUACACCGUCUUCGACCGGGCAAACAACUCUGUGGGUUUGGCCAAGGCUGUGUAAAAAAAAACAAAACUAAAAAGCAACACACUAUGAAUCAACCUUUGAAGAAAAUCGAUCCGCAGCUGCUGAUUGAAAAAUGUCAUAAAAUUACACCAAAAAAAUACCGACCUAAUAAAGUGAUUAGUUAU